GCCGCACAGCAAUCACAGAGCAUUCAGACGCUGCUCGAAGCUGAAAAGGAGGCCGCAAAGGUCGUGCAGCAGGCUCGCCAAUAUCGUGUUCAGAGGCUAAAAGAUGCACGCUCUGAGGCUGAGAAAGAGAUAGAGGAGUACAAGAAGACGAAGGAGCAGGAGUUCAAGGCGUUCGAGCAGUCUCAUGCGGGUACCACCCAGACUGUCCAGGCGCGGAUUGAUAAGGAGACCGAGGUGAAACAGAAGGAGAUCCGUGCAGCGUACGAGGGAAACAAGGACAAGGUUGUCCAGAAGCUCCUCGACCGCGUCAUCCUCGUCAAACCCGAGCUGCACCGCAACCUUAAGAAGCAGCAGUAG